AUGUCUGUCUCUAUCUCCUCAUCAGUGGACAAACAAAAGUUGGAGGACUUGGGGAUCUAUGACCAGCAGCAGAAUGCUGAUUACAUUAAUGGUAAAGAUGCCUUUGAAGUGGAAGAGGAGGAGAAACCGCAAGCUCUGCCAGAGCCUCCAGAGAUGCUGGAGUCGCCCAGUCUGGAGACUGAUUCCAUGCCAGACUACAGCUCCAAGAUUGAGUCAGACCAGCAGGAACUGUCAGAGUUUAGCCGUGCUGAAGAAGAGCUCUUGGAGCAUGAUGACAAAAGUGAGACCACCUAUGACCCAGCCCAAGAAAUUCCCCUGUCUCCAGAACCAUUCCCAGGAGGAGAACAAGACUUUGAGUAUUCAGCUCCAGCCGAGGCACCGCCUGGUUUUGAAGCACCUGUGUUCUCUCAUGAUGGUCCAGACAUCGUUGUCAGCUCCAACCAGCCGGCUGUGGAACACAACAUCCAGUAUGGUAUUGAUGAUUCCUCACAUGGACGAGACAUGGGCGGUAUUCAGGAAGUGGAUGAGGAAGAGAAUGACGAUGUCAAGGGUGACAAAAAGGCCCUUCAGGAAAUGGGCAUUUAUGAUGAUGAGGACGACAAAAACGAUGAAGAGAAUGGUUUUGAAAAAGAUUCUAAUCCUGAUAGUGAAGAAAUCAGAAGAGAUAUUCAGUACACACCUCAAGAAAAAUCAGCAGAUGAAUCUGUGCAGGAAGGCUUGGAUGAGGGGAUUGAAGAUGAAAGGUUGUCAGAGACUGGUGAAAGAAACUCCAGCUCAGAAGCUGAUCAUGAGGAGAAGCAUUUAGAUGAGCACUUGACCGAGUCAGAUUUGGCAGCAAGUGAAGACAGGGAUUCCCUGGACGGUGAGCUCCCCGACCGUGGCCCUGCAUCUCCCACGAUCAAUGGGAAACAUUCACUAGAUAUUGGGCUUGCUGAUGCCUCUAAGAACGCCGCGGUGAACUCCUUUGUUGGUGUGGACAAACAAGGAGGUGGCUCACAGAGUCCGCGAAUUGACAGUGCAGGUGAGGAUGGGCAGGCUGCAUCCUUUGAUCCUCUGUCACAGUGGGGUCAGCCUAUGGGACUACCUUCUCCACCAUCAGGUGAGAAUGCAGGCGCUACUGAAAGCAGGAAAGCUGGGGUUUCUAGAUCUAACGGCACAGACAAGCGGCCAGGGACGGCCAGCACUCCAAAACCCACUGAGACCAGAACUGCUCGCCAUGCCUCAGCUCCACCUGAAGGAAAGAAACGGCCGGCAACAGCCCCUGCCACUGCCGGUAAAGGCACAACCCGGCCAGGUUCUGCAUCAAAGAGACCUGUCUCAGGGGUCAACAAGUCCACCAGUGUUAAAGCCCCAACUCUUCCUCCUAUGACUGUCUUCUACGUGGAUCUAACAUACAUACCCAAUCACGGUGAUUCCACAUACAGUGAUGUAGAAUUUUUCAAAAGAAUCAGAGCUCGUAAUUACGUCGUUAGCUCCCUGUCUCCAAAUCCCCAAGUGCUGGACUCUUUGCUGGAAGCCAAGGCCACCUGGGAGCAGAAGGAUCUAGAGGUCACCAUCAUCCCCACUUAUGACAAUGAAAUUCUCCGCCACUGGAUGGCUCUGAACAAGGAAAAGCUGCAGGAGUUGCGGGUAGAUCUGGCACCAGCAGUCAGCCGAUGUACGGUGCAGCUUCAGGAUCUGGAGACUAGUCUGCCAGCAUUUCGACUUGAGGUUUGA